AUGCAAGAGGAGCUUCCAACUCCCAUUGAGGAGAGCAUUGAUGAUAAGAGAUACCAUUUUAUGUCUCUUAUCCUGAAUCUGGCAAACACAUUCCUUUAUAUGAUAAACACCUAUAUUAUAGUACCCACAGCAGAUGACUACUCCAUGAGCCUUGGUGCACCGGCAACAGUUUGUGGUAUUGUGAUUGGAUCAAUGGCUGUUGCUCAAGUCUUCUCUUCAGUAUACUUCAGUGCAUGGUCCAAUAGAUCAUACUUCAGGCCUCUUGUGUUCAGCAGCAUCGCUCUUCUGAUCGGAAAUGUCAUGUAUGCAAUGGCUUAUGAUUUCAAGUCAAUCACAAUACUUCUGUUAGGCCGGCUUUUCUGUGGGUUGGGUUCUGCUAGAGCUGUGAACCGGCGUUAUAUCAGUGAUUGUGUUCCACUUAAGCUACGUAUGCAAGCUUCAGCAGGUUUUGUUAGUGCAAGUGCUCUCGGGAUGGCCUGUGGCCCGGCUCUUGCUGGCUUACUUCAAACGGAGUUUAAAAUUUACAAGUUCACAUUCAAUCAGAACACUUUACCAGGCUGGGUUAUGGCUGUGGGUUGGUUCUUUUAUAUGAUAUGGCUGUGCAUCUCAUUUAGAGAGCCUUUUCGCCCGACACAAGAUACCAAUGUAGCUCCACAAACCAGUGAUGUGUUGAAAGCAGAACCAACGAGAAAUGAUGCUCUUGAGAAAGGUCUUCAGCAGCCAUUGCUACCAAGUACAGAAGCCAAUCAAGAUGAUGAAGAUUGUGGGAGUGAUGAUGAAUCUGAGGGAUCCAGAGGACCAGCUAACUCACUUCGCUCUGCUUAUAGGCUAUUGACACCUUCUGUAAAGGUUCAGUUGUUAAUAUAUUUCAUGCUCAAGUACGCCAUGGAGAUUUUAUUAUCAGAGUCUAGUGUCGUCACAACGUACUACUUCGGUUGGUCUACUAGCUCAGUGGCAAUAUUUCUCGCCUGCUUAGGCCUCACUGUCCUUCCAGUGAAUAUCAUUGUUGGAAGCUAUAUCAGUAACAUGUUUGAAGAUAGGCAAAUCUUACUAGCAUCAGAAAUCAUGGUCUGUGUAGGCAUACUCCUAAGCUUCCACAUCUUAGUUCCAUACACCGUGCCACAAUACGUGUGCUCAGGACUCAUUAUGUUUGUCUCGGCCGAAGUACUAGAAGGCGUCAACUUAUCGUUGCUCUCGCGAGUCAUGUCAUCGAGGCUCUCACAGGGAACAUACAACGGUGGACUACUCUCGACGGAGGCAGGUACCUUAGCUCGUGUGGUGGCAGAUGUAACAAUCACAAUGGCGGGGUACUUGGGGCAGAAAACGCUGUUGAAUGUGACUCUUCUACCUUCCCUUGUCAUUUGCAUAACCUCCAUCCUCGCCACAUGCUUCACCUACAACUCGCUAUAUUGA